CUUCACAAUAAAAGCCACCUUCUGUUGCCCUGGUAACAAGCAUGCGUUAGUAUACUGACACUAUGUAUUAGUGUGUUUACUGCGUAAAUUGUUUCAAUAAAAACGCAGCAGUUUACUAAAUAAUGGACUUGACGGUGAAUUUAGUUUCUCUGGGGUUUGAGGCCGGACUCGGUGGUUCUGAGAGGGGGUUGGUGGGUCUGCGCGGUCGCUGGGCCGGGCUGACCGUGUGUGGAUGUGGACACGCCGCGUUUCUCUGUCGACUCGCCGCUUUACUGAGGGAGAAAUUCCCUGUGCACAGUUCCAAUAAAUCACACCACCCAGCCCUGAAAAUUGGCAUUCUUGGAGGAGGAAACAUUGGGAAACAGUUGACAAAGGUUUUAUUAACUGUGCCUGGAUUAAAACCAUCUAACAUCAGUAUUUCAACUAAAAGACCUGAAACACUGAAGGAAUUCUCAAAUAGAGGUGUGGAGUGUUACUUCGACAACUGCAGGCUGGCCUUGUGGUCAGAUGUGCUCUUUCUCUGUGUGCUCCCCUCUCAUCUACCUCGAGUGUGUGCAGAGCUUCACACUCACCUGCCUGCUCACUGUCUUGUAUACAGUUUCACCACUGCUGUGCCGUUACCCAGGCUUGCACAACUCCUUGGCCACAGUUUUGUUAUCAGACCUCAGUAUAUCUUUGAUGCCUGUGAUUCCGCUCAACUGUGGCUUUGCCAUAAUCAAGUGACAACAGCAUUACAGGACAAAGAGGUGCUCACCGCAUCAUGCCCACUUUCAAUGUGUGGAGGUCUCUCGUUGAAUCAGAUGUGGGUGUCGGCUGUUCUGUACAGUCUCCUCAAUAUGUGCACAGCUAAUGGACUGGGGUCCAUUCAAACCAUCCAGCUGCUAAAUGAGCUGUUUCAAUCUAACCCCUCAUCUGAGACUUUUACCAGUCUAAGCUUUGUCAACUCAUCCUGUGCAUCAAAACUUAGCACCUCAGAGCCUUUUCCCUGGAUCAUUUUGACUGAUACACAAACAAAACAGACUCCAUUGUCAUCUUUUCUGUUUGGAUCUAAAGCCUUACAAGACUGCAUUUCAGCAAUGUAUUAUAAUACAUUUUCUGGCAUGUCAUCUGAAAAAAUUCAGAUGAAAGAUUGACUUGUGUAAAAAUAAGAAUAAAACAGUUUAACACUCAACAUUUUUGUAAUAAUUAUAUUUUCUAUACUGUAUAUAACAUGUUUAAGUUGUGUUGGAAUGAACACAGUUGUUUCAUUAGUUAGAUUAUUAUUAGCCACAGGUAAACAGCAGCCCAAAAUAGAUGAUAAUUAAACUCUGGGGAAUUGCGAAUCUGCCAGCUGUUUAAGAUCUUCUGUGCUUCAAUUAGCAUCAUAAUAUCCCAGAGCUCUCUAAAGAUUUCCUAGCACCGUGGCCUAAUUACUCUGACCAAACCUACCAAAUUUAAAUUUAAACACCAGAGAGGUCAAAUAGUGAGAAAAAGAAAAUCACAUAGAUACAUUUACAGAGAUCACAUAAAGAGUUAUUUUGCUAAAAUAAUCCAGUAAAGUUGUUUUUGGAAUGUAUUUUUUGCUUGGAGUAUGCUCGAGAGCUACACAGGAAAGAACAUUAUU